CUCGACUUUAAACUCUGCUAAUGUUUAUUACUCUUCUCUGACGUCAGCUUCGAUGCAUCUCGCCCCAAGAUGCUUUUCACCAAAAAGGAUCCCUGGCCACACUCCCACCAUGAUCUCAUUGAGCACUACUACAAACAGUACGACGAACAAAUCGCGUCUGGCGAAUACCAGCCCUUUCUAUAUCCAUGGGGAAUAUACGGCGCCCUGGCCGUCAUCAUAUACCUACUUGUUCCCCACCAGAAUAGACCGUGGUUACGAAAGUGUCGGUUCCUAGCAUUCGCCUGGAUGGCCUGGUUCGCAGCGUAUGCAACACUAUACACAAAAGCUAGGGGGGUGACGCCAGCUAUAAGUAUAGGUCUGAUGAGUGCUUGGGGUGUUAUUUGGGCGAGCGCAAUCCUAGUGUGCAAUGACGCGCAGACGGACUUUAUGAGGAUCGAGAGAACGGAAGGCGCCUUUGGGAGUGCGAAGAACCGGCCAAAAGAUAAGCACGAGGCGAACGGGACUUCAGAUAUCCAGGAGCAGCACACAAAACACCAGAUUGACGCCACAACUAGUGAGAUUUCGAACGGCCAUGCUGGACCCCGAGACCGGCACGGCUCCUUUGCAUGGCAGCCCUACCCUCACUCCCCUUUCAUCGAGCGCUUAGAUUGGGUAUGCGAUAUAUUCUGCAACUUCCGCGGCGCAGGCUGGAACUGGCGGACGUCCGCUCUCCCUCCGCCACCGAAAUGGGUGCAAGAGCAGCUCCACCGCAAUUCAGGAGACGUAGUGCCCAAACAUUCGUACAAGAUCCAUGCAGGCCAAGUCAAGGCGUAUGCUACAAAAGACGAGCUAUUAUGGGAGAACGCAAAGAAACUUGUCAAGGGGUACUUGGCCCUCGAUGCACUGAAAACAGUCAUGAUGUGGGAUCCGUACUUUUGGGGCUUGGUCGAAAGGGCACCGCCGUCGUACCUGCCCGACUUCAUCACCUCGAGUACUGUGCUAACACACAUAUACCGCAUGUCUCUCUCCAUGCUGGGAAUCAAGUACGCGCUACAAACCAUGUUCGCCACCGCACCACUCUUAUUCGUCGGCCUGCUCGGUCCUACACGCAUCGGCGCGCGUGCAGAGCCCUGGAUCUACCCGGAGACAUGGGCUUCUUAUUCUGGGGUGCUAGAUCGGGGCCUUGCGGGGUGGUGGAGCAGCUGGUGGCAUCAAACCUUCCGGUUCGCGUUCGAACAACCAAGCCGCAAGAUUAUCGAGAUGUGUGGCAUGGAUAAGAAGGGUAAUGCGGCCAAGUUACUACAACUGGUGGUUGCGUUCGGCCUCAGUGGUGUGCUGCAUGCUAGUGGGAGUUAUACCUGUGCGGGCGAAACGAGACCACUGAGAGGGCCGAUGGCGUUUUUCCUCUUACAAGCCGUGGGCGUCUUUAUGGAGAUGGUUAUUAUCCAGGGGUUGAAGUCUACAGGUAUACAGCGAUCCAUGCCGACCUGGCUGAAGCAAGCAUUUACGUUCGUGUAUGUACAUGUAUGGUUUUAUUACACGGCGCAUCUACUAUGCGAUGACUUCGCUCGAGGUGGUGUCUGGUUAUUCGAGCCGAUUGCUGUCUCGGUGUUUAGAGGAUUGGGCUUUGGUGCUGAUAGUAGGGAUGGGUGGUGGUGUUGGGGUGGCCAAGUCGUGCGAUGGCAUAGGGGAGAGACGUGGUGGAGGAGUGGGCUUGCUGUUUGAUGCUGACGCUAUGCGGCCAUGUAAAAGUUUUACAGGGCGCAGUGUAUAGCAGAUGAUUGCUAAUAUGGAGGGGUUGUUAUAGAGAGGGUAGAAUCGGGCAAAAUUAACGUUACAUGACCCAAUGUCAAACAAGAAACACGUUCAUGAUUCAAGUUGUGUAAAAGGAGCAAUGACUGAUGGACAUGAUCUGUAUGUUUUCCGUAGACUCAAGUUCGUAACAAGCAGUUUUGACUCGAGAAAUCUGAACAGGAAGCAACAAGGCGAUGGAACGUAUAUAUUAGGCCGCGACGGGCGUCUUCAAGUAUGGAGCUGCGCAAUGCUAUGGAAAUGCAGUACAACUGGGUAUCGAAAACGAGAAAAGACAAAAAGGAAAGAGACAUUAUGCUUUUGCUUCGCAGCAAGUGUAGUCUAGACAUGACAAUCCGAGCAACUAAAA